AUGCAGUCUGGCAAGACCAAAUGGACUGCAAACAGCAUGAUCGCUGGCGCGGGCGGAGGCUUUGUUGCAAGUGUAGCGACUUGUCCUCUUGAUGUUGUCAAGACGAAACUUCAGGCUCAGAGGUUCGUCCAAGGUCAGGUUGGUUAUGAGGGUAUCGCCGGAACAAUCAAAACAAUCGCAAAGUAUGAUGGACUGAAAGGUUUCUAUCGUGGUCUGGGACCAACAAUCCUAGGAUAUCUUCCAACUUGGGCCAUAUAUUUCGCCGUCUAUGACGGGAUUAAGUCUGCUUUCGGUGAAGCACCUCUAGGUGUGAACUCCAAAUCUAAGAAUUGGAUAUACCCUGCCGCUCAGGUCAAGGGCUAUCAACCUGCCAUGCGCGAACAUCCUUGGUCACUACAUAUCCUCUCAGCAAUGACAGCCGGAGCAUGCAGCACUAUUUGUACCAAUCCGCUUUGGGUCAUCAAAACACGGUUUAUGACGCAAUCCCGGGACGAAGUGCGCUAUCGACAUACACUCGAUGCCGCACUCACUAUCUAUCGCAGUGAAGGCAUUCGCGCCUUCUACCGAGGACUCUUGCCAAGUCUCCUAGGCAUCGCUCAUGUAGCAGUACAAUUUCCACUUUACGAGCAACUUAAGAUUUGGGCACAAGGUGACUCCGAGGAACCUCUGACCAGCCGCACCAUUCUUCUUUGCUCUGCUUUUGCCAAGAUGACUGCUUCAGUCACUACCUACCCUCAUGAAGUCAUACGAACACGUUUACAGACGCAACGUCGUCCUCUCGCGGACGAUCUCUCAUCAGACGGGAUGAUAAGACGUCAUACUGGGCGAGGAGUAAUACACACCACAAAGAAGCUUAUUCGUAAGGAGGGCUGGACGAGUCUGUAUAAAGGGUUAUCCAUCAAUCUCUUACGAACUGUACCAAACAGCGCAGUUACCAUGUUGACGUAUGAGUUGUUGAUGAGACACCUCUCUUCACGGACGCCUUGA